AUGUCGACUGAUCAACGUAAACGUGAGCUCGAAGAAAAACGAGCGAAAUUGGAGAAGAUGCGACAAGAAAAGAUGCUCAAGAACACUCCAACAACACCUAUGACCCCGGGUUUCGCUUCGAUACCAGCAAUGACAUUAACGACAACACGAGAGGAUGCGGAUCCAGAUAAAAUUCUUAAAGAAGUUGGAAUUCUUCAAACAGCAUCACUUCCAGCUACAUCACCUUCUGUCUCACCAGGAUCAGCCGGAGGAGCAUCCGCAUCGGCGUCAUCAUCGCAACAAAAGCGGCGACCUCCCAGUAGCAUCGCCUUACAAAUAUGUCAACAGCCCACUGCAACGAUCAGUGUUCCUCCUAAGGAAUUAGUAACAUAUUCGAAAGAAGUUCAAACUAUCGAAUCAGGUGAUAAAGAUCCUGCUGCAAGUCCCAUUCAACACGAGCAUUUACAAUGGGAUGAUGAAUUUCCCCAACCAACGGCUGGUGAACGUAAUCAACUUGUUUAUGUUAGUGAUGAAGAUACGAUGAGUUUUGAUGAAAAUACUAAACCAUCGAUUGGUAUGUCAUUAGCGUCAGUGGCAAAAUUGGAACGAACUCGAUCAUUAAAACAACAAAAUAAACAAUUUAGUUUACAAGGUCAAUCGUCAUUGGUUAAACAAGAAUUAACUAAUGAAGAACGUGAACAAAUUCAAAAAAGCGAACAAUUUCAAGAUUUCUUUUCGCGCUCAGCUCGUAUUAUCGAACGAUCAUUGUGGGAGAGUCCACAAGCAUUUGAUUUAUUCAAAGAUUAUAGCGGAAGAGAAUCAGACGAACAAAAUGAAAAAAUGGAUGUUGGAGAAAUCAUUAAAUUCGAUCGAGAGUUUUUCGAUGAACGAUGGACACGCCAUCGUAUUGUCACUUGUAUUGAUACAUCAACUUAUCAUCCAGAAUUAGUUCUGGCAUCAUAUUCACAAAAUGAUGAGUCAACACACGAAUCCGAUGGUGUUGUACUUAUUUGGAAUACAAAAUUCAAAUCAAAACCAACUCCUGAAUAUGUGUUCAACUGUCAGUCAUGGGUGACAUCUUGUGUUUUCAGUAAGUUUCAUCCAAACAUUCUCUUAGGUGGUACUUAUAGUGGUCAAAUCGUUGUUUGGGAUACUCGUACGAACAAACGCACGCCUGUGCAACGAACUGCUCUCUCAGCAUCGUCUCAUACUCAUCCGGUGUAUUGUUUGCAAGUAAUUGGUACACAAAAUGCAAAUAACUUAAUCUCGAUAUCCAACGAAGGCAAAAUGUCAUACCGAACAAAACCUGUUGCAGCAACACGAAUGGUGUUUCCUGGUGUCGAAGUGAAUAACUUUGUCAUUGGUAGUGAAGAAGGUCAAGCUUAUUCCGGUUCAAGACAUGGAAAUAAAGCCGGAAUUCAAGAUAGUUACGAAGGACAUUUCGGUCCAAUUACAGGUCUUAGCUGUCACAAUGUCAAUGGCUCUGUUGAUUUCUCUUCCCUGUUCUUGACAUCUUCAUUUGAUUGGAGUGUAAAAUUAUGGUCGCUGAAAGAAUCUAAACCGCUCAACUCAUUCGAAGUCAACAGCGAUUACGUCACUGAUGUACGCUGGUCACCAGUUCAUCCGAGUGUAUUCUUAACAUGUGAUAUAACUGGUCGUUUCGACAUUUGGAAUUUAAACCAUGAUUCCGAAUUACCCUUACUAAGUACAACAUUAGAUGGUAAUGUCGCGUUAAACAAAUGUCUAUGGUCACAUAAUGGCCAACAGAUCAUCUUAGGUGACGAUCAAGGUAAAUUACGUUUGUAUGAUGUCAAUGAAUUUCUUACCAAUCCCAAACAAGAUGAUUUUAAUAAGUUAAGUAGUACAUUACAAGAAUUUAAACGAAAUACACUUGAUGCAUUUGAUGAUAAUCACCCGACAAGUGUUCCGACAACGACAACAGCAGCAACAACAAGUGCAACGUCGGUUAGUCACAAUUCGUAA